GCCGACACAUAGCAUGAAGAACAGCUUACAAUUGCAUUCUAGAAGCAUAGUCGAACGAUUGCAGACCUGCGUCGAUGACCUCGAGGCGAGCGAUUCUUCAGACCAGUCUACGAAAUGUCAGCGGCCGUACCUCACAUACCGGCCACCCCAGUUCUGCAGCCUGCACCGUAGCCUAGCCCUGCACUCAUUUCUCUAGAACCCACGUCAACCCACUUCCCCUCCAGAUCACAGCGGAAAGUCACAAAAUGCAGCCCGAAGCGCCCCAGGCCCUUACAUCGUCGCCUUCCCUUCCUAACCUGCCCCAAUCUCCCCUGCCAUGUCUUCCCGCGUUGACUGCUACCCUACCCCCAACGGCAAUGGCUACGCCCACGGCAGCAAGGGCCCUACUACGUACCCCUCGACCUCCUCGGUUGUAUCCAAUGGGCAUGCCUUUUCUUCAACAGAUAGGAAGCCAUGUCUCUUGGACCGCUUCGUCGAUGCGUACGACGAACUCCAAGCCUACAGGGAGGGCAAGCCAGUGACUAUUGACGGCCACGCCCUCAGCAUCCCCGCAGUGGCAGCCGCUGCUCGCUAUGGAGCUGCCGUGGCUCUCGACGACAAGCCCGAGACACGUGAGCGUGUUCUGCAGAGCAGACGCGUGAUUGUGGGGAAAGUCAACGCUCAGCGCAGCGUAUACGGAGUCAACACAGGCUUCGGUGGCAGCGCCGACACCCGCACAAACGAUCCUCUUCUGCUCGGUCAUGCGCUUCUCCAACACCAACAGGCCGGUGUACUGCCAUCGCAAACAGAGGCUCCGCUCCAGGUUCUUCCCCUGGGCGACCCCCUGGCUACGACCAGCAUGCCAGAGGCUUGGGUCCGCGGUGCUAUCGUUAUCCGAAUGAACUCGCUCAUCCGCGGUCACUCUGGUGUCCGCUGGGAGCUCAUCGAGAAGCUGGGUGAGCUUCUGCGGGAGAACAUUACGCCGCUAGUCCCUCUGCGUGGCAGCGUUUCGGCUUCCGGAGAUUUGUCUCCCCUAUCGUACAUCGCUGGAACCCUGAUCGGCAAUCCGGCGAUUCACGUCUAUGACGGCCCUGCAUCCCUCGGGGCGCGCCGCAUUGUUCCCUCGAGCGUUGCGCUGGACAACCACGGCGUUGUUCCGAUCUCCCUCUCGUCCAAGGAGCACCUCGGUAUCUUGAACGGCACUGCGUUCUCUGCGUCCGUUGGUGCGCUUGCCCUCAAUGAGGUCGUCCACCUGUCGCUGCUCGCGCAGAUCUGCACAGCGAUGGGAACCGAAGCCAUGACCGGCACCAUCGCAUCCUUCGAUCAUUUCAUCCAUGAUAUCGCCCGUCCGCACGCUGGCCAGAUUGAGGUCGCACGAAACAUCAGGGCACUCCUCGAGGACUCGCAGAUGGCACUGAAGCGUGAGGACGAGGUCCACAUUGCCGAGGAUGAGGGCGAGCUUCGUCAGGACCGCUACCCGCUUCGUACUUCGGCGCAGUUCAUUGGCCCGCAAAUUGAGGAUAUCCUCAGUGCGCUGGAUGCGGUCACGCUGGAGUGCAAUUCGACUACGGACAACCCUCUGGUCGACGGCGAAACUGGCACUGUGCACCACGGUGGGAAUUUCCAGGCCAUGGCUGUCACCAGUGCGAUGGAGAAGACUCGACUAGCUAUUUACCAUAUCGGCAAGCUGCUGUUCGCACAGUGCACGGAACUCAUCAACCCGGCGAUGAACCGCGGGCUGCCGCCCAACCUGGCCUCGACGGACCCGUCGCACAACUACUUCGCCAAGGGUAUCGAUAUCCACGCUGCUGCCUACGUCAGUGAGCUUGGCUUCCUCGCCAACCCGGCGUCAACGCACAUCCAAUCUGCCGAGAUGCACAACCAGGCAGUCAACUCGCUUGCGCUGAUCUCGGCCCGGUACACGAUCACCGCGCUUGACGUGCUCUCGCUGUUGACAGCGAGCUACCUGUUGGCGCUGUGCCAGGCCCUCGACCUUCGUUCGAUGCACAACGACCUUCAAUGCUCGUUAUCGACCAUCGUUCGUGAGCUUGUGCCGCAGCACUUCCCGUCUGUGGCCAGGCACGCGGGCGUUCUCGUGCCGAUCCUCGAGCGCUCCAUUUUCCGCGCUCUCAGCACGCCCAGCACCGCGGCCUGCACGGCGCGCAUGCACUGCGUCGCUGCGUCGACCACGACGCCGCUGGUCGACUUCCUCUCCGCAGACGCCGCCUUCGUCGCCGAACUCGUGCACAUCGCCGGCUUCCGCGCAGAACUCGCGCGCCGCGCUGCGGAGACGCUGACGACUCUGCGCGUGCAGUACCUCGAGGGUGCGCGCGGCGCGGCACCGGCGAGCAGGCACCUCGGCCGCGGGACGCGUGUGGUGUACGAGUUCGUGCGGGUCACGCUCAGGAUACGGAUGCACGGCGCGGAGAACCUGCACGGGUUCGCGAUGGGCCCGGACAUCGAGGGUGGCACGGUUGGCGGCGAUAUCUCCGUCAUCUACGAGGCCAUCCGGGACGGCAAGAUGCAGGGCGUCGUCGCGCAUCUCGUCAGGCCGCUCAAGGCAGAUGGGACGCAGAGGACUUGAUACUAGUACUCUUCGGACUUGGACUUUCUUUGUCGUCUUCAUGGGCAGUGUAGUAGCGGAAGGUUCGGAUGUAUUGUUGUGUGCCAUGGAAAAACCGUAGACAAGUGUAUUGUACUAGUCGUUAAGCAUACGGCGCUGGCAAAGGGCGCCGUGAAUGCGCUACGCAUCCAAUACUCGUCUACUAGUAAAGCGUAUACGUAACAAAAUAUACGCGCGGAAAAUCUGGUGCAGUUUGGGGCAUCUAUAGAUGAA